AUCAUGAAAUUACCAGCUACAUAUUGUGUUUUCAAAUCUUUAUUAUUUGGUAUAGCUUUCAAGCUGCAUAGAAAAUCUGGUGAGAAAUUACAAUCUUUGCUUGAAAAUGAUUUUGAAUAGCAAGUGGUGGAGUAGUAGGAGAAAUGACACUAUUUGACCCUUUAUAUUCAACCCAAUGAUGCUCUGCUGAGGGUGAGGGGACUCAGUUUAGUCUGUUGUAUCAAAACAGAUUAGAAAAUUAACUCCUAAUUGAGGUUGAAUUUCAUUUUUUUUUUUGGAUCCUUGGGUUGUUUGAAUAACAAUGAUGGGUCGAGGAAUUCUGCUCUUUUUGCUUGUUCGGUUAUUCCAGUUCUUGGUUGUAGAAGCAGCAACGGACCCUCACGAAUUUGCAGUUCUGAGGUCCUUAAAGAUUCAGUGGGAGAACAUUCCACCCAAUUGGGUUGGCUCGGAUCCUUGCUCAGAAGGUUGGGAAGGAAUUGUCUGCACAGAUUCACGCGUUAUCUCUAUUCAAUUAUCUACCAUGGGUCUGAAAGGUCAGCUCUCUGGGGACAUUGGGUCUCUUUCUGAGUUGCAAUCUUUGGAUUUAUCGUACAACCCAGGACUGACUGGCCCCCUCCCACCAUCAAUUGGGAAUUUGAAGAAGCUGACAAACUUGAUCCUUGUUGGCUGCGGUUUCUCUGGUCCAAUUCCAUCUGAAAUAGGAUAUCUGCCAAGACUAGUCUUUUUGUCUCUAAACUCUAACAGAUUCAAUGGAAAUAUACCUCCUACCAUUGGCAGCCUAUCUAGUCUUUAUUGGUUGGAUCUAGCUGAUAACCAACUUAGUGGCAGCAUUCCUGUCUCCAGCGGGAACACUCCUGGUCUAGAUAUGCUAACCCGUACUAAGCAUUUUCAUUUCGGCAAGAAUCAGCUUAGUGGCGUCAUCCCACCUCAACUUUUCAGCGCAAAUAUGAAUCUUAUACAUGUGCUUUUUGAAGAUAACAAACUUACUGGAAGUAUCCCUGCAACUCUUGGACUUGUGAAAACUCUGGAGGUUGUACGUCUUGAUAGAAAUUUGUUAAGCGGGAAUGUCCCUACAAAUCUCAAUAAACUUAUCGGCGUUAGCGAGCUGCAUUUGUCCAACAAUGAUUUCGUUGGCCCAUUUCCAGAUCUAAGUGGAAUGCUAGUUCUCAAUUCUGUGGACUUGAGCAACAAUAGUUUUGCAGUGUCAGAUUUCCCACCAUAUUUCUCAUCCUUAAAGUCCUUGACUACAUUGGAGGCAGAGAACACAAAUCUUAAAGGAGUACUCCCUCCUACUCUGUUUACACUCCCACAGUUGCAGACUUUGAAUCUAAAGACGAACCUGUUCAAUGGCUCCCUGGAUAUUGGUAGCAACUUCAGUGACCAACUGGAGCUUGUUGAUCUGCAGAAUAAUUCUAUUACAGGUUAUAUUGAAAGAGGUGGUUACCCUAACGAGUUACGACUCAUGGGUAAUCCAGUUUGCGGCCCAUCAGCAACAGCAAAAUUCUGUCGACUUGCAGUACACUCAUCUCCUCCAUAUUCAACUCCCCCUAAUAAUUGUGUACCUAGUCUCUGUCCUAAUGGCCAAAACAGCAGCCCGAACUGUCAAUGUUCAUACCCUUACAGUGGCACCAUAUUCUUCAGGGCCCCAUCUUUCUCAGACUUGGAAAACGCCUCAUAUUACACUUCUCUCCAGAGUUCACUUCAGGCAUCAUUUACGACAAACAAAGUUCCGGUGGAUUCGGUUUCUCUUAGUAACCCAAAAAAAGAUGCAGAUGAUUACCUUGAAGUGAGCUUGCAAGUAUUUCCGUCCAGUAAACAAAGUUUUAGUCGAUCGGAUAUUGCAAAAAUGGGUUUCAUGCUCAGCAACCAAACGUUCAAACCUCCUCCAAAACCCUUUGGACCCUACUUUUUCAUCGCCUCACAGUAUGCACACUUUAGUGAAUCGUCGGGUUCAGCUGGUGGAUCGAAGAAGAUGAGUCUAGGGAUAAUUGUUGGAGCACCAGUUGGUGGAUUUAUACUCCUGACCCUGAUCUUUGUAGGAGUAUAUCUAUUUUGUAGAAAGAGAAGAGUGAAAACAGAUACUGAGCGCAGGAAUGUCUCCGAGCCACGUCAGUCCGGUGCAACAUCUUGGGAUCCGACAAAAAGCAGUGAUAUUUUUCCUCAGCUAAAGGGACCAAAAGUCUUCUCUUCUAAUGAGCUUCGUAAAGCCACAAACAACUUUUCAGAGGCCAAUGACAUUGGAUCUGGAGGCUAUGGAAAGGUUUACAGAGGGACCCUUGCCUCCGGGCAAUUGGUUGCAAUUAAAAGAUCUCAGCCAGGAUCUUCACAAGGUCGUAAUGAGUUCACAACAGAAGUUGAGCUUUUGUCAAGGGUUCAUCAUAAGAACCUUGUAGGCCUUGUGGGUUUUUGUUUCGAAGACAAAGAGCAAAUGUUGGUGUAUGAAUUUGUUCCAAAUGGCACUCUGAAAGGGAGCCUUACAGGGAAAUCUGGAAUCCGGUUGGAUUGGAAUAGGAGACUUAGAGUUGCUCUAGGUGCUGCAAAAGGUCUUUCUUAUCUUCAUGAUCUUGCCAACCCUCCCAUAAUACAUAGGGAUAUCAAGACAAAUAAUAUUCUCUUGGAUGAACGCUUAAAUGCAAAGGUUGCUGAUUUUGGUCUCUCCAAGCCCAUGGGCGACAGCGAGGAUGGUCAGAUUGUUACCCAAGUUAAGGGGACAAUGGGAUACUUGGAUCCUGAAUAUUACAUGAGCAACCAGUUAACCGCCAAGAGUGAUGUUUACAGCUUUGGAGUUGUAUUGCUGGAGUUAUUAACUGCACGAGUUCCAUUAGAAAAAGGAAGAUACAUUGUAAGAGAAGUAAGGGUGGCGAUGGAUAGGCAAAAAGAUCGAUAUGGUCUCAAUGAGCUACUAGACUCGGCCCUAGGAUUAACAAACCCAUUGAAAGGACUGGAACAGUUAGUGGAUUUAGCAAUGAGGUGUGUUGAAGAAACUGGUGAUGAACGUCCUACAAUGAGCGAGGCCGUAAAGGAGAUUGAAAGAAUAAUGCAGAUGGCUGGAAUGAACACGAAUGCUGAUUCUGCAUCCUUCGAUGCUACAAGUACGAGGAGUUCCCCUCAUCCUUAUCACAAUAACAAUGUAGCAUCUUUUGAAUACAGUGGUGCUUACACACCUUCAAGAGUAGAUCCCCAGUAAGUUUAAUGCAGUAGUCAGGUUGCUUCAUUCCUGAAGCUGCGAAUUUGCGAUUUGUAAAAUACAUUGUGCAGAAUGAAAACAUACAUUGGAAU